AUGCAAUGGCAACACUUUUUGUAAUAUUUAUUGUUGGCAGCUUGUUCAGUUGGCGGUGAGAGUUCAUAGUAUAUUGCAUAUUUUGCAUGCAGCGGGUCUCGAAUUAAAAAUAUCUGUUGCUGUUGACAGUAAAUUGAUUAUUUAAUAAAUAAGUAAAUCUAUUUUUCUACAAUAAAAAUCUAUUGCUGAACAUUUUUGUUCAUAAAGAUGUCACAUCAUUAUGUAGUUACGGCUCAGAAUCCUACGGCUGUGAUUGCUUGUGUAUGCGGAAACUUCACGUCUCCGACAGACUUAAAUUUGGUCAUUGCAAGAAAUAGCCAAUUAGAAAUCGAUUUAGUUACGCCGGAAGGGCUGCGUCCACUGAAGGAAGUUAAUAUCAAUGGACAGAUUGCUGUUAUGCGACAUUUUAGACCCCCUGAAGGCAAAAAAGAUUUAGUUUUUAUAUUAACUCAACGGUAUAAUGUAAUGAUAUUGGAAUUCAUUGAAGAAGACGGUGUCAUAAAAGUUCAUACUAAAGCAGAUGGAACUGUUUCUGAUCCAGUCGGUAUAAGUGCUGAAGGUGGUGUUAUUGCAGUUAUUGAUCCAAAGGCUCGGGUAGUUGGUAUGUGUUUAUACAAAGGAUUAUUUACUAUUGUUCCACUGGAUCACAGUUCUAGUGAGUUAAAAGCAACGAAUUUACGAAUGGACGAGUUAACUGUAUAUGAUGUGGAGUUCUUAUAUGGUUGUGUUAAUCCCACAAUCAUUGUUAUACAUAAAGACAACGAUGGAAGACAUGUUAAAACACAUGAAAUAAAUCUUCGCGAAAAAGAAUUUACAAAAAUUGCUUGGAAACAGGAUAAUGUUGAAACGGAAUCCACACUAAUCAUUCCAGUUCCAACUCCACUUGGUGGUGCCAUUGUAAUUGGACGUGAAUCUAUAGUUUAUCAUGAUGGUAGCAGUUAUCACGCUAUAGCUCCCUCAACAUUUAAGCAAAGUGUUAUUAAUUGUUAUGCUCGCUUAGAUAAUAGAGGUCACCGCUUUCUAUUAGGAAACAUGUAUGGGCAAUUAUUUAUGCUGUUUUUGGAACAAGGUGAUAAUGGCAAUGGAGUAACGGUUGUAAAGGAAAUUAAAGUGGAGCUUUUAGUAGGUGAAAUUUCAAUACCGGAAUGUUUGACUUAUUUGGACAAUGGAUUUUUAUUUGUUGGAUCCAGACAUGGAGACUCGCAAUUAGUACAAUUAGCAUCCCAUGCAAAUGAAAGUGGCACUUAUGUUGUUCCUGUGGAGAAUAUAACAAAUCUUGCCCCAAUUCUUGAUUUAGGUGUUGUUGAUUUAGAUCGACAAGGCCAAGGUCAGAUUAUUACAUGUUCUGGCACUUUUAAAGAUGGUUCGCUUAGAAUAAUAAGGUAAUAAUAUAAGCUUACAAUUUUUUAGGGUCAUGUGUGAAUAUUUACGA